UACUCUCUGUAGCAGUAUUUUUACAACUGUCAAACCCAGAGAGUAGUCAAAAAUCAACUUCAUUGCAUAUUGCUACAAGAUAUUAGUACAGAUUUAAAUAUACUAUUUAAAUCUGUGAUAUUAGAAAACGAUAUUUUUAGAUUGAAUCAUGUCGUCGACGGUUGGGGAGGGGGAGCUCAUUAAGGUGGAGCCAAAAGAAGAAGAAGAGAUCCAUACAUUUAUGGAUGAAAUGGUUUGCGUAAAUAGCACCAAUCCAUUGUUGGUACAGGAAGGCAACAUUGGGACCGAAAUCGGCUCCAAUAAGGCGUAUUUUUGUUUCCAUUGUAAUUACGCAACAACAACAAAGAGUUAUCUGAAGAAACAUGUUACAAGGCAUAGCGCUUCUAAAAAUUUUAAAUGUGACCAGUGCGAUUACACAGCAUGUAGAAAGGCCUACUUGAAGGCGCAUGUGUUAAUACACGAUAAAAGCACACCGUUUAAAUGUGAACAGUGCGAUUAUGUAACGAAUGGAAAGUAUUAUUUCAAACAACACCUUUUAUCACACAAUGCUUCAAAACAGUUUACAUGUGACCAGUGCAAUUACGCAACACACAACAAGAACAACUUAAAAGCACAUCUCGUAAGACACAGCAGUUCUAAAAAUUUUAAGUGUAACGAGUGCAAUUAUGUCACAAACAGAGAGGGAUAUUUAAAAAUUCAUCUUAAAACGCAUAGCACGUCUAAGCACUUGAAAUGUGCGAAUUGCAAUUACACAACGAAUCAAAAGAACUAUCUCAAACAGCACCUUUUAACACACCGCACUGACGGAGAAUUUAAAUGUGAACAGUGCAAUUAUUCUACAUGUAAAAAGUCACUUUUCAACUUGCACCUUUUAAAACACAGCACCGUUUACAAUUUUAAAUGUGACCAGUGUGAUUAUGUCACGAAGAGAAGGACGCUUUUAAACAGGCAUCUUUUAAAACACAACACUUCGAAAGAUAUCAAGUGUGAUCAAUGCGAUUUUGUUACAUUUACAAAGGAAUGUCUACAAAAACACCGUUUAAGGCACAGCACUUCUAAGACUUUCAAGUGUGAGCACUGCAACUAUGAAACUUGUAGAGGGGUGCACUUUAGAAAACACCUCUUGGUGCACACUUCCAAGGACUUUAAGUGUGACCAGUGCGCCUAUGCGACUACUACAAGUGAAUAUUUAAAGAUUCACCUGUUGCAAAAACACAGUGCAUCCAAAAAGUUUAAAUGUGAUCAGUGCAGUUACGGUACAAAUUUGCAGAAUCUUUUCAGCAGACACCUUUUAACACACAAUAGUAAAAACCUCAAGUGUGACAAGUGCGAUUACGUAACGAGUAUAGCUGGGAGUCUUAGGGUACAUCUUAUAACGCACAACAUUUCCAAAGACUUCAAAUGCGACCGGUGCGAGUACGUGACACACAGAAAAGGAGCCUUGAGAACCCACCUUUUGACCCACGGCGCCUCCAAAGAUAUUAAGUGUGACCAGUGCAGUUACGUGACCCAUACGAAAAGGUUGUUAAAAGCACAUCUUCAGGUGCACAGCACGUCUAAGAACUUCAAGUGUGAACAUUGCGAUUACGCAACUAACGUGCACAAUAACCUCAGACAACAUCUUCUAAUACACAGGGCGUCCAAUUUAAAAUGUGAUCGGUGCGAUUACGCGACAAGUGUAAAGACUCAUCUAAAGUCACACAUGCUGAAACAUAGCACUUCUAAAGAGUUUAAAUGUAAACAUUGUAAAUAUGCGACGAAUAGAAAGCAGACCUUGAAGGGACAUAUGAAACGGCACUCUUAAAACAUUGUACUUAGCAUAAUGUAAAUUAAUGUAGAAUGAUUAAGUGUAAGAUCACCCUGUAUAUAAAAAACUAUGCAUUAAAAUAACUACCAGAUGA